AUGUCUGAUCAACUAGAUCCGUCUACUUUUCUGUUCGAUGUUCCGCCGCGGUUAAUGGACACCUUCUGUAAGCUGAUGGACAGCGGUCCUGACUCACUGGGAUGGAGAGGUUUGGCGACCCGGAUCGUACCCAGCUGGAUGGAGGUGCGGUGCUCGGAGCUACAUGCUGCAGCAGGGAAGAGUCCCACUCAGGAGCUGCUGUGGUCCUGGGCUCAGCAGAACAAAACUGUAGCAGAUCUGACCCGGGUUCUGGAGGACAUGGGGCAUUACAGAGCUCUCAGUCUUUUUUGCUGUCAGGACUCUAAUAGAAACAUAUUAAGUCCAUCUUCAAGUCAAGAAUUUCCUAAGCCUGAGCUUUACAAUAAAGAAUCAAGUUUGUCUCUGAACCUUCCUCACAUUAACUGUGUGCUUGAUCAAGCCAGAAGACAGAAGGCUUUGAUCACUUACUCAGAAGUCAUAGAGGGAACUGGAAACUUCCGGCAGGAUUUGAAAAUGGGAGAGAGCACUUUUGCAGAGCUUUACCGGGGAAGACGAGGAAAUGAAAGCUUUGUUGUGAAAGUUUUCAAGCAGGGGAACAAAAGAGCCUGGAAAACUUUGUGGGAGAAGUUUAAAACAGAGAUUGAAAUCCUUCAGCUCUAUGAGCAUCCCAACAUUUUGGAGCUUUGGGGCAGCUUUUCGGAGGGUGAUCGCUACUGUCUGGCCUAUCCAUUCAUGUCUAAUGGCUCAUUAUUUCACAGACUGCAUAAUCAGGAAAGUGAGAGACCCUUGUCCUGGCAGGAGAGGCUUGACAUCAUCAGAGGAACAGCAAAGGCAGUGUACCAUCUGCACACAGCUCAGCCAUGCAUGGUCAUCUGUGGAAACAUAACAAGUUCAAACAUCUUGCUGGAUGAGCAUUUGCAACCCAAGCUGUCUGACUUUGGAAUGGCACAUCUGAGGCCGCACUCCAUUAAUCAGAGUUUCACCAUCACAAUGAAUACUGCCUGUCGUCACAGCCUGGCCUACUUACCAGAGGAAUAUAUACGGGAUGGCAAACUCUCUGUCAAUUUAGACAUUUACAGCUUUGGUAUGGUCAUACUGGAGACAUGCACAGGUCAAAAAGUGAUGCAAGAGGAACCAAAGCAGACAUUACUGAAGGAUGUGCUGAGUUUAGAAGUAGAAGAAAAAGGCAGUGUGGAUGCUUGCCUGCGCUUUCUGGACUCCAGAGCAGGACGCUGGCCCACUGCACAAGCCCUCUGUCUGUUACGUCUGGGACUGGAGUGUACAAGCAGCCGCGCCCGAGCCAGACCCAGCAUGGACACUGUGCUAGAAAAGUUGAACCACCUUUUUGCUUUGCCCCCUUUCCUUGAGGACCAGCCAUGCACCCUGGAUGACACAGUAGUCCCACCUAUUUCUCUGGUUGACAAGGGCCCGAGCACCAGCCUGCCUGUUGAAGAUGAUGAAAUGGAGAAGCCUCAGUUUACAGAAAAGUCAGGACCUCAUGAGUGCAGCCAGUCAGAGGUCAUCUUUCUGGGCGUGGAAGGGCGUAUACUAUGCCCCCCAAAUAGCUCUGUCAUGCCUGGUCAGAAAGAAGCUGCAACUUUUCCAAACCUAACGAUGGAUUGCGACCCUGCAUUGGAUCUGUACGGAAGCUGGCCUGUGGAGUGCAGCUGUGCGGCCGGAGCGGAAAUGCAGGGCUGUGAGGACUGCUGGGCUAACGGUUUUAGCAACAAUCCAUCCUUUAAACCUUCAGGUGAUGGAAACCAAGCCUUUCAGAGUACAGUUGAAAAUCCAGCAAAACAGAGGCUUCGGCAUAAAAUCCAGCUGUACAACCAAGGCUUACUUAACACAGAGGAACUACUCUCAAUGACAUCUAAGUGAUUUAAUCACCACAAGUAUUGACUAACAUCUGGAUCUCACAGAUUUCAGCAGUAUCUCAGUGUCAUCAUCAAAGGAUUACAUAAAACUAAACACAAAGCACAAAGACCAAUAACCUCAGUUUUUUAAGAUUAUGUGUUUCUAAAUAUGCAGCAAUACUUAUUUUAAAGGUCAUACAUACUUAACUACUUUUAAAAUAUAUGUAAUAUUUAAAAAUAUGUAAAUACCUUCAGAUUGAUUUUUCUCACCCAAAUUAGUAAAUUCUAAUUCAUCCAUGUGAAUCCUUCACCGCGUGCACUACAUCUUUGCUAGCCGAGAAGGGCAGCAAACAAGCACCUGUCUCCUCAGACGUUUGAAGCCACCACCACUUCUGUUUUACCAACCAACAAUGAACUUAUUCAGAGAACUUUAUCAUGUAAGAAGAACUGUGCACAGUCAGAUACACUGUUGCAGUAGCGAGAAUGUAACUCCUUAUCUGACCUUUCAUUCUUCAGACGUGCCCAUUUGUGUCUGUUGAGCACCCGACCAUGCAAGCUGCAGGUUAGUACAUUAACCUGCUUCGCUCCGAGCUCCCGGAACCUAAUAUUUUAAUCAGUGUGUUUAGCUGUUAAAGAUAAUGAAGUUUAUUAUCUCUCCUUGUUUAACAGUUCCUUCACCAGCACUUACACUACUACUCUACUUUUUGAAUAAUUAGAUUAUUGACAAAAUGUAAA